CGUCGUAAUCAACAGUCAUGCAUCGACCUCAGAAGCCAUCCCAUAUGCCAACUACUCCACAGAGCCCUUUUCAGUCGCCGUUUGUGCCCACAACUUUAUGGGAAAAUGCGACACGACGCAGCCUUAUGAGGGCGAUGCUGUCCACUGGCGCACACAUUGUGAGAUCUUACAAGCAUCCAUCCAAGCCCUCAUCGUCCGAUCAUUCAACUCUGCUUCAUUUACCAUUCACGUUGCUUGCUGACGUUCCCGACGAAAGAGAUGUCAUGUUAUAAACAUGAC